GAGAGAGAAUGCUUUCUCUAAUUUUAAGAUUCAAAGGGAUCCAAGUGAGCUUGAAGAAAGUUUGCAUAAAAGAAACAUCUUAAAUGGAAAUUCCAAUUGAAACUUGAAACAUCAAAUCAAAACAAAUUCACUUUAUCAAUCCCAUCAAGAAUGCUAUCAGCUUCAUCUUCAACAAACAAAUCAACCAUUCCAUCAUCAAAUUCAAAUUCAUCAGAAACUGAGAUCUCUUCAUCACAGGAACAAGAACAGAAGAUUCAAGAAGAUCAAGAUUUAAAUCAAGACUUAGAAGUUAAUCAAACUCAUGAUGACUACAAAAGACCAUUUAGUUUAAACUCAAUUCCAAGAAACAGUCUGAUUGCGGAAGAAGGAAACCAUUCAAUCGAUUCAUUUUCACCACCUACUACACCACCAUUAUUGGGAUCUAAUCAUGAAUCUAAACUUAUUAAUCUUGAAACGACACCUACUUCGAAUUUACAAAGAGAACGUUUAUUGACAGGUCCAAGAAGUGAUUCUGAAGGUUUGAAACAAGUUUCGAUUGGAUCAAGUUCUAAAUCUAAAGAAGAAAUUCAUUCAUCUACAAACUUAUUAUCUGAAAACUCUGAAUCCAUCAAGCUUCCGUUGAGAAAGGAUUCUGAUACGAGUACUAUUUGGAGAUCAUCAUUAGCAUCAGUCAAUGAAUCUUCAAUUGAUUUGGCUGGUUUGUCAACCAAAAAUCAGUUGGAGAAAACUGAUUCUGUUUCUCAAUCGAGGCCGGUUUCUUCUUUCGAUCAUCAAGCUUCAACACGCGAUGAUACAAAUGAUUUACCUGGGAUUAAAAAUCUAGACAUCAACUUAAGCCCAAGUUCAAUUAAGAUCUCUGAAGAAGCCGAAUCGAAAUCAACUUUAAGAAAUCUUCAUGGUAUGAAUCUGAUGGAUGAAAGUUUACAUUCUACAACUCGAUUAGGACCAACACGUUCAGGAGCCACUUCACCUAGUAGAACACCUACAGGUAAAUCAUUUGAUCCUUCUGUGAUUCAUCAUCCUGGUCAAUCACCAUCAAUAGAAGAAGACGAAUCCAAACGGAAAAGUUUACUUGAAGGUCGUCAUAAACUUAUUGAACAUUUUACUAGAGUACAAGAAGAAAUGACUGGAUCGAAUUCUAAAACCAUAACUAAUUCGAUCCAAGAAGAAAAACCGAUUAAUGAAUCUAAAGAAAUCAUUAAAACUAAAGAUAAUGAACAAGAAGAUUUAAAAAGGACGCGCAAGAAAUCAUUAGAACCUGCUCCUGUGAGUUUGAUUGAUUGGGAUUUUUGGGGUUCGGUGAUGAAUGAUUAUGAAACGGUGGCGAAAAAGAAACCAAAAGAAUUAAGUCGAGCUAUUCAAUCUGGAAUUCCUCCAGCUUUGAGAGGAAUGAUGUGGCAAUUAAUGUCAUCUUCUAAAGAUGUUGAAUUAGAAAUGGAAUAUUCUAGAUUAUUAAACUUACCUUGUCAGUAUGAAAAAUCGAUCACAAGAGAUUUAAAUCGAACCUUUCCUCAAUUAGAAUAUUUUAAAGAAUCAGGUGGGGUAGGUCAAGAUUCAUUAUUAGCGGUUUGUAAAGCGUUUUCAUUGUAUGAUGAAGAAGUGGGUUAUACUCAAGGACUUCAAUUUAUUAUUGGUCCCAUGUUAUUAAAUAUGCCGGAUGAAGAAGCGUUUUGUGUUUUAGUUAGAUUGAUGAAUUCAUAUGAUCUUAGAUCACAUUUUAUUCCUAAUAUGCCAGGACUUCAAUUAAGAUUAUUUCAAUUUGAUCGAAUCUUAGAAGACCUUUUACCUCAUGUUUAUAUGCAUUUGCUUAGACAAGGGAUUAAGAGUAGUAUGUAUGCUAGUCAAUGGUUUCUAACAUUAUUUGGGUAUCGAUUUCCAUUAGAGUUAGUUUCAGUUGUAAUGGAUUUAGUUUUUGCAGAAGGACUUGAAGCAGUUUUUAGAUUUGGAUUAAGUUUGAUGAAAAAGAAUGAAAAGGAAAUCUGUGAAAGAGGAUUUGAUAAGUUAUUAGACUUUUUAAAGUUGAAUUUAUUUGAACCUUAUAAAAAUGAUGAUAGUUUACAGGAAUCUUUAAAAGUUCAACCAUUUUCUUGUGAUUCUGAUUCGAUACCGAAAGCUGCAGUAGUCGAUAAAAGGUUAGAUCAAAGUACCACACGAAAAAGAUCAGGAACAGAUAGUUAUAGAGCACAAGAGUUUAUUAAAGAUGCCUUACAGAUCAAGAUCACACCGAUGAUGUUAGAUCAAUAUUCAUCUGAAUGGGAAUCGAUCUGUAGAGAGAAAAAUGCACAUCAAAUUGAGAUUGAUAGAUUAAGAGAUGCUAAUGCUCAACUUAGUGCUCAGGUUAGAAGAUUAGAAAGUAAUCUUGCUCAAGUUAAUGAAGAACAUUGUGAUUUGGUUAAACAGGUUGUGAUGGCUAAACUUGAUAGGGAAGAAUUAGAAGAAGAAUUGGUUAAAUAUAAGAUGGCUUUUGCAGAUUUAUCACAUCAACAAGCUUCUGAAGGAUCAAAACAACAUCGAGCUUCGAUUAUUUCGACUCAUUCGUUUAGUUCUAAUGGACCUAAUUCUUUCAUUUCUGAUUCCCAUUAAAGUUUAGACUUCCAAUAUAGAUUGAUGAAUGAAUGAAAUUAUUUAUGAGGAUUUGUUUUUUUGUUUAUCUUGAUUGAAUUAGUGAUGAAGAAUUUAGAUGAAUGAAUUUGAUGAUAGAGAGAAAGUACUUUUUUUCAAUUCAAUUUGAAUUCUAGUUUUUGAUUGUAUUCUUAGUUUUAAAAUAUUAAUCAUAUUCAAGUUUUUAGAAAGUUGAAGGUUUGGUUUUAUUUUUUUGUAUAUAUGCAUAAAAGAAAAUGGGGUGAAAUUGAUUGGUUUCACUUUUAAAAAGGUUUAUUAUAUUGAGUGGAUUUCAAUUU